AUGCAUGAUCUUGUUCAUGAUCUAGCAGAAUAUGUGGCCGGUAGUGAAUGCUUGACUGUGAAAAGGACAAAUAGCAAGGUAAAUCCUAACAAGGUUCGGCAUGUAUCAUUCGAUUCGAGCUCAUAUGGUGAACUUCCAAGGCCUUUAAUUGAAGCAAAGAAGCUGCGAACCAUUCUUUUUCCGAGCAAAAGGCAGUCCACCUUUGGAUCAUCAGUUGAAACAAUAAUCUCGAGUUUUAGAUGCUUACGAGUGGUAAACUUUAACAACCUUGACAUUGAAGACAACCAUGGCCAACGUUUUAAUUUCUUAUCCAAGAACGUAGUAAAUUUGAAGCACUUAAGGUACCUUAACAUGAAGUACUGUUAUGGUAUGCAAACACUCCCUAAAGGCUUUGGCAAUAGCUUGCUAUACUUGCAAUAUUUAAAUCUUUAUGGUUCAGCACUAUGUGAAUUGCCUGAAGAUUUUGGGAAACUAAUUAACCUACGUUUUUUGGGUUUAUCAUCAAUGCUGUCAUGUUUGCCUGAGAAACAGAUUGGUGGGUUGACUUCUCUCCAGGAAUUACAGCUAUAUGAUAGUUUUGAACUGACUGGUUUAGGUGAAGGGAUAGGAAAACUCACUUGCCUCCGAAAGUUGGAAAUUAAACUAUCUCCAAUGCUAACUUCAUUGCCACUUGGCAUGAGAUACCUCCCUGCCCUUGAGCAUCUGAAGAUUAGCUAUUGUUUUGCUCUCAAAUUCUCAGAGGAUAAUGAUUUGCAGGGGCUGAGAAGACUUAAAUCACUAACAUUGGUUGAUCUGCUGCGGUUGGUGAGUUUGCCCAAGGGACUUCAAGAUGCUGCUGACACGCUCAAUCAGCUCAAACUUCGAAGUUGUGAGAACUUGACAACGGUAUCAGAGUUCGUCCUCCCAUGUCUUACAUCACUUCAAGGACUUGAAAUUUAUAAUUGCCCUAAUUUGCUAUCUCUACCAAAGGAGAUGCAACAUCUCACUGAACUACACUGUCUGAGCAUCAAGGGGUGCAAACAAUUGAGUAGAAGAUGUGAGAAGGGAAUAGGAGAGGAUUGGCCCAAGAUUGCUCAUGUCCCCAAAAUUGAAAUUGAUUACAUAUGA